AUGGCAUCCCUUCGCUCUAUCAUCCCUCGUGUGGCCAAACCAAGCAGAAUCGCAGCGAGGACUUUCACCACGACGAUUGCAAGAAGACAGACGAUUCCAUUUGAGGUCCGCGGCGUGGGAAAUGGCGUUUCCCAAGAUGUCUCUGUGAAGGGCUCCUCGCACCGAAUCAAUACAGACGCAUACCCUGCGUUCGGCGGCAAAGAUGCUUCUCCAUCGCCUCUACACUUCAAUUUGACGGCGCYGUCUUCUUGCACGCAGGUCACUGGUUCUAUAGUAGCCAAAGAUCUGGGAAUCGAGCUGGGCAAAUGGGAUGUUACAGUGGGAGGCCAGCUGGAUCCCAGCGUUCUGGUUGGGGGUGAGGAAGGAAACGCGAACUGGAAGGCUAUUAGUUUGGGUGUAAAGGUUGAGAGUAAUGCCGGAAAGGAUGAGUUCGAGAAGUUUGCCAAGGAGACGGAGAGGAGAUGUCCUGUUACCCAGUUGUUUAAGCGGAGUGGUGUUGAGUGGAGUAGCGACUGGCGAAACGCGAACAAGUGA